AUGGCAAGUGCCCAAACAACAAUGGCAGAGUCAAAUUCAAAACGACGAAAAGCAUCGGAAGAGAAAGAUGACAGGAUUAGUAGUUUACCAGAGGAUGUCCUCAACCACAUCCUGUCAUACCUCCCGACCAAAACUAUUGUUUCCACUGGCCAAAGACUCGCAAGUUUCGUUGUUUUGGUGAACAACGUGCUCCUACGUAAUCCCAGCGGCAUUCGGAAGAUGCGUCUUAACUGUGCUCACUCCAUUAUCAACGACAACAAUUUACGUGCCCGUUCAGUUGACAGUUGGGUUCGUGUCGUCAUUGGGCCUCACCUCGAGGAACUCGACCUCGAUCUCCUUCCCGACCUCGAUGAUGAUGACCUCGAUGGACCCAACUUCAAGCUUCCUCUGAGCCUCUUCACUUGCCCUAACCUCGUUUCACUCAGUCUUUGCAAUGCAAUUCAUCUAAACAUACAAAGCUUUACGACAAUAAGUUUACCAUCACUGAAGAUACUGCUAAUUGACAUCUUCGGUUAUGUGGAAGUGCCUAUGGUGAAUGCACUUCUAUGUGGCUGCCCAAACAUCGAAGUUCUAGAUCUUAAAUUUUUAACCAAUAGCUUGGACAAUGUUUGCCUUCCACCUACCUUGAAAAGGCUGAAAAUUGGAAUAGAGAGUAAGGAGGUCGGGCCUUCGCUUGAAAUAAACGCGCCAGAUCUUGAGUACAUAAACAUUUACCAAUACAGUUUCAGCGAUGUUUUAAACAUGAAAAACUUGCACAAUGUUAUAGAAGCAAGUCUCGAUCUCAUGCCUUUCUCGUAUGAUUUCGUCGUCCCAUUACUCAAGCUCCUCAACAAUCUCUCCAGGGCAAAACAUCUAGUUUUGAGUGAUUCAACAACCAAGUGGCUGCUUGGUGAACCCCGUGAUCUACUUUUUCAAGAAUUUUGCAAUUUGCUUCAUUUAGAUCUCACUCUUCCCUGGUUUAGCUCCAAUUCUCUCCUCAGCUUGCUUCACAAAUGUCCUAUUCUUCGAGUUCUUAAAAUUCGAAACAAGGAGAAACAGUCACCAAUUUUAGGAUGGGCUCCACAGCCAACUGCUCCUAAUUGUCUCGUAUCCCACCUUACCUUUAUUGAAUUUAAAGGAUUUCGAGGUUUUUCAGAUGAGAUAUCAUUUGUUGAGGAUGUUUUGCAAAAAGGACUUGUUUUAAAGACAGUGAUUAUUGCUGAUAUUACCGUAGACCAAGGGAAGAAGUAUGACAUUCUAAAAUGA